ACCGAAGCGGGACUCGGUUAAGAGAUGAUUUCUUAUGUUUACCCUAGCUCGUGUAAAGCCGCCCAGAUUCCAAUGCUCAGCCGACUCACGCCGGCCAAACCAGGCAGCGCCUGCCCGGGAAGCAGUGUUUAGAGACUGACAUCACCGCCGGCUCGACUCAGGGACGAUUCAGAGGGGUGGCAAAAGAGGAUGGUUGGUCUGGAGGGUUCUGCAUUAGAUGAAGAAAGGGUGGACCGCCACGGGUUGAGUGAUACUGGAGGGCUUUCUUGUGUGGGUGGCGUAUCGUUGCUCGCACCGGGAACUGCCUUCUCUACUAAUUUUAGUAUUCUUCAGGAGCUCCGCACAGAAAAGUUAUUUCGAGAAUAUUUGGAGUACCGUGAGGAUCCAUUCAAGUGGGCGGCAGAAGAACUGGUUGCAGCAUGCAAUUCACCUGUAUGCAUGGAUCAUUGGGUUGAUUUGUUUCUCCAGACUGUGCCUGAUGAGAGGCUUUUUCAAGAGCACCUUUUCAAUUUUGUGUCGUUAUGUGAACAGUAUUCUGUGGUUGUUGAUGAUGCUGAUGGAAGUAAAGAAAGUUUGGCUGAUGAUGGAUCACCACGUUUCUCGACUGAGGCUGAGAUCAAACUCAUCCACCGUAAGAAUCACAAAGAUUCUCUUAUGAAAAGAUUGCAUGGUGUUCGAAGAUAUUAUGCAUACUGCAAAGCCCUUCUGCAACUUGAUUUUAUCAAGUGGAAUAGUAACCCUGAAGAAGUUUUAAAACGGAUCAAAGAGUCAACUAGAUGGUCUGAUGUGCUGAAUGAUUAUGAGCUACAACGUGGUUUAGAGUUUGAUAAGGUAGCUUUGGAGGAAGACAUCAACUCUCGUAUGAGUUCAGAAUUAGAGAAGCAUCUACAAUUCCCUGACCAGUUGCUCAUGCGAGAAUAUUUCAAUAGUGUGAAAAUAAGGAACCUUGCCAGGGAGGCUGGAGUCAUUCUUGUCGAAGAGUUUCUACCCGUACGAAAUUUGGAAGAACAGAUAUUACCCAAAAGUUUGCCCCAGAAUUUUGGACAACAGCUGUUACCCAGAAAUUUGCCCCAGAUGAAAAAGAGAGUUAAGCAGUCACUUGACUCAACCAGGGCUUACCUGCAUCGACAGGGCGCUACUCGUGCUAGGGGUUUGAAGUAUGUGGUUGGUGCAGUUUCUCUUGCUUGUAUCAUCAUGGCUGGCCAACGCGAGAGUAAUUAAGACUGUCAACUGCAUCCAUGGUUGGCCUUUGCCCGCGAAAAAAAAGCCGUUUGCUUCAGGAUAAGUUUCAUUGACCUCUAUCUCUAUGGUGUCAGCGCGAAUGGGCGGAGCCCCGACCAUAGUUGAAAUAGGUGUCCGUCUCUAGCUCCUGCACCAGUCUCAUUAACGCCCAACGUGAUGGACCCGGACUGGAGACACCUGUAUUUUUUUUGUCAAAAAAUUGAGUCUAUUAUCCAGAAGGCUAAGCUCAGGCCCUUCUCUAGCAUGGUUAGGAAAUAAACCUUUUUUGUUGUUUAGUAAGCAGAUUUGGUGCUUAUUGUAAGAGAAAAUUAAACUGUAAACAUAUUUUGGGGAAAUGAGAUUUAGCCAGGGAUAGUGGGCCUCAAACCACU